GUAGAGUAAAUUGGGAGUCCAGGUGGUUCGGGGCUGUGGAGCGGCGUGCCAGGUUUCAGAUGAGAAAGUCGCACCCAUUCGUUUCGCUCUCGCAGUAGGCCCACCGCAGAGAUUUGCUUUUCCACCUGCGAGCUUCUUCUGCCGGUUGCGGGAGGCCGCAGCGGCGGAAGAGGGGGCGGAGGCAGAGGCGGAGGCGGCACCCAGAGGCCGGGUCAGGGGAGGCCGGGACCACAGCAGUGACAAUUUCUUUCCAGCAGCGGCGGCAGAGGAACGACGGCAACAGGCUCGGGAUCAGCCGGCCUGCGCGUGGGUUUGCGGGGACGCUGAUCGCCCCGGCGCUACGCAGCCACUGCAGCCAAGGGGAGGACGAGAACCACGCACGCACCCGGAGCGAGUGGACCUAGCAAAGCUCCAUCGGUCCACGGAACCCGGAGGAAGGACGGCCGAGGCGAGCGAGCCGGCACCUUCACGCUGGCUGCCUUAGCACCCAGCUGCAGUGCCUUCUAGCAAAAGCCAGAGCGGCUCAGGCUGCAGCGGCAGGACGGAUGCCAAGGCCACACGACAGGCGCAGGUGCAGCCCCUGCAGUCGCCGUCCCACGCGGGGUCCAGACAUCGGGGGUUGCUGAUGAAGUGAUUGGGAAGAAACGGUGACCACCUUCACUCUGCACACAGAACACCAUGGAUCAGCCGUUCACGGUGAAUUCCCUGAGAAAGUUAGCUGCCAUGCCUGACCACACGGAUGUUUCCCUGAGCCCAGAGGAGCGAGUGCGGGCCCUGAGCAAGCUCGGAUGCAAUAUCUCCAUCAAUGAGGAUAUCACUCCACGCCGCUACUUCAGAUCCGGAGUGGAAAUGGAGAGGAUGGCAUCUGUGUACCUGGAGGAAGGAAACUUGGAAAAUGCCUAUGUUCUUUAUAAUAAGUUUAUAACCUUGUUUGUAGAAAAGCUUCCCAGCCAUCGAGAUUACCAGCAAUGUGCGGUACCCGAAAAGCAGGACAUUAUGAAGAAACUGAAGGAGAUUGCAUUUCCAAGGACAGAUGAAUUGAAAAAGGACCUUUUAAAGAAAUAUAACAUAGAAUACCAAGAAUAUAUGCAAGGCAAAGCCUGCCCAGGUCUGGCAAAACGAAAAGCCGAAUUUCUCAAGAACUGGGAACAUCAGCGACUGAUAGAGGCAGAAAGGAAGCGGAUCGCUCAGAUGCGCCAGCAGCAGCUAGAAACGGAACAGUUUCUGUUUUUUGAAGAUCAACUGAAAAAGCAAGAAUUAGCCCGAGGUCAGAUGCGAAGCCAGGAGACCCCAGUGCCGUCGGAGAUCGAUGGGAGUGCUUUGUCCUGCUUCCCCACACACCAGAACAAUUCCAUGCCGAGUGUAUGUGCUGAUCAACCUAAUAAAAGUGAUGUAACCAAUUGUACUAGCCACUCUCCUCCGGUCAACAGGGCCUUAAAGCCAGCUGCUACUCUAAGUGCCGUUCAGAAUUUAGUGGUUGAAGGACUGCGAUGUGUAGUUUUAUCAAGAGACCUUUGCCACAAAUUCCUGCAGCUGGCAGAAUCUAAUACAGUGAGAGGAAUAGAAACCUGUGGGAUGCUCUGUGGAAAACUGACACAUAACGAAUUUACUAUUACCCACGUAAUUGUGCCAAAGCAGUCUGCAGGACCAGACUAUUGCGACAUGGAGAAUGUGGAAGAGUUGUUCCGUGUUCAGGAUCAGCACGAUCUCCUCACUCUGGGGUGGAUCCAUACACAUCCAACCCAAACUGCUUUCUUAUCCAGUGUGGAUCUGCACACUCACUGUUCCUAUCAGCUCAUGUUGCCAGAGGCGAUUGCCAUUGUGUGUUCACCAAAGCAUAAAGACACUGGCAUCUUCAGGCUCACCAACGCCGGCAUGCUGGAGGUCUCCGCUUGUAAAAAGAAGGGGUUUCAUCCACACACCAAGGAACCGAGGCUAUUCAGUAUAUGCAAACAUGUGUUGGUAAAAGAUAUGAAAAUCACCGUGCUGGAUCUGAGGUGAUGUGUUACGAAGAUCAGCACCAUCAACACCAGGCACCUGCCCAUGGAUGUCAGUUGCUGGAUUUUCUUAAGAUGUUUCCAGAAGUGACUGAUAUUUUAUAUUUAUACAUUUUAGAUCAGAAAGUUUGAUAUUUAUUGCUUUUGCACAUUUUGAAGUUUUCUUUUUGGGUUGCUCUGUCCCAAAAGUGGUCACAAUGAUGUUAAAUCAAUACCUAUUCAUGUACCCCAAAACUAUGGCCAGAUAAUAAAUUGUGCUGCAAAUAAUAAUAUGACCAGUAUUUAUUAAGGUCUCCGCAUACAUUUUCAGAGCUUUAGAUAUUUUCCUCUAUUUUUUCCUCAUUCCUAUAAAAUGUGAUUCCAAACAAGAACUUCUGAGUACCCGGCAGUCUCCAAGACAGCCCGUCUGUUCUGCAGCCUUUCCCUGUGGCGGAGGAUGAGCCGUUCCUACCUGCGGGAGGAACCCUGGCUGCAUGGCUGCAUGCAGCAGAGCCCAACCUGUGUUUCCAGCGGCAUCAAGUCCUGGGCCCGCGUGUGUCUGCAGUGGAUCUCAGCGUGAGGCAUCAGGACAGGGAGCUUCUGCUCAGGGGUCUGAUGUUAAAGGACUUGGGGUCACAGACAGUUCAUCACCUUGAUUUGGAGGACUGGAGCUGCUUAAGAGAGGAAGAAAGACUCAAAUGAAAAUGGAAAGCCUCUUACUGUGAAGGUCAAACAGGAGUGAUGGGAAGAAGAAAUGAGGCCUAGGAAGUUACUGGUAAUUCUCAGCCAGAAAGAAUAUCAUUUGGAAAGAACACAUAAUUUAAAGACUCUCUGUAUAAAUCAGUGCACAGGGACUAGGAAGAAACAUAUGUUCCCAUUGAAAAAGGUAGCACAAAUACAAUGUUGUGGUACUGCUAAGGCUUGGAGUGAGAUGUGUGCCUAGAUAAUAAAAGCACUU